CUUUGCGCCAACUCCGUGGAGGAUGUAGCCGAGUCGGAGGCUGAAGCAGAGGAACCAUUAAUAACAACAACACGAAAUACCCAGGAGUUGGUGUUCCGAUUUGCGCCACGCCGCCUGUAAAGGAUUGCGUGUUUGCAGCGGUACCCGGUCUGCUCGGCGGCUGAACGCGUGCAUUUGCAGGGUUUCGGUUAUUUUAUUAUGGAAGGAGGAGUGUUUGCUGAUCGCCGGAGCAUCUUUGCCACCAGCAGCUACUGUUGCGGGAGGAGAAAUGGGCUCCAUGUAGGCUAGGCCUCGCCAAGGCCGAGCUUUACUCUUGUGCGGUUUUCUAAAGGAUUUAUGGUUCAGCUGAACAACGACACCCGGCCGUUUUAACCCGGAUCUCUCGGAUAACACGGAGCUGCAGUGUCCCGGCAUUUCUGGGCUUGGGGCUGUGCUGUAAACCCAGAAGGACUCGCAGUACCUCGGUGUGCUGCCCGCUUGUAAACAACCUCCCCGCACUCGGGUUCAAUACAAACCUGGCACUGGGUUGCGUGUGGAUGUAAUUCACAGGACAUUGUUGGCGCCGUGUUUUUACAUUGUUGCUUUUUCUUUUUUAUUCACGGCAGUAGGAGAAAGUGUUUUCAUUUUGGGGAGAAAAAAGGAACGGUUCGUCUUGUUUAUGAAUGUGGGACAAAAUGGAGACCAAGACGAUAGUGUACGAUCUGGAUACCUCUGGGGGUCUCAUGGAGCAAAUACAAGCCCUGCUCGCUCCCCCCAAAUCCGAAGACGCCGAAAAGAAGACCCGAAGGCAAGAUAAAGAGGCUCGGAGAAGCGGCAGGGCGACCAAUCACGACACCUGCGACAGCUGUAAGGAGGGAGGGGACCUGCUGUGUUGCGAUCAUUGUCCCGCAGCCUUCCACUUGCAGUGCUGUAACCCUCCCCUGAGUGAGGAAAUGCUGCCCCCCGGAGACUGGAUGUGUCAUCGCUGCAUGGUCCGGAGGAAGAAGCGUGAGCAGAAGAAGCUGGGCCAGGUGAACGGGCUGGUGGACAGGCAGCUGGCGAAGCGCACGGUGUCCCCCACCUCGGAGCUGGAGCUGGGGGGCCUGCGGCUGGAUGGCAGCGGGGGAGGCGCGGGGCUCAAGGCAGCGGUGACGCAGGUGAAGAUCCUUGAGCGCAGGGCCAGCAGCCGCCCCGGCACGCCCACUUCCAUCACCAGCAGCACGGAUACGCCCACCCCUUCGGAGCAGAACGACGAGGACGAGGACCUGCUGGACGUGGAGGAUGAGGCGCCUGGCUCGGAGCCCGACUGUGCCGCCCCUGUCUCCUCCACCCCGCACCUCAAGCGCCCCUUCGAGAUGCUCAUCGCCGCCGCCCUGGAGCGCAACCCCACUCAGUUCCAGCUACCCAGCGACCUCACCUGCACCACAGCACUUCCAGGAACCAGUAAAAGGAGAAGGAAAGAGGAGAUGACGGGGAAGAAUGUGAAGAAAGCACAGCAUGAGCUUGACCACCACGGCCUCGUACCGCUGCCUGUCAAAGUGUGCUUCACAUGCAACAGGAGCUGCAGGGUGGCGCCUCUGAUUCAGUGUGAUUACUGCCCUCUCCUGUUCCACAUGGACUGCCUCGAUCCACCCCUCACUGCCAUGCCAACGGGCAAGUGGAUGUGUCCCAAUCACAUUGAGCACAUCGUGCUCAAUCGGAAGAACAUGACGCUCAGUAAGAGGUGUCAGAUCUUUGACCAGUUCCAGGACCGGAUAUCUCAGCACGCUGUCAAGGUGGACUUCUUACACAAAGUUCAUAGGAAACACCCGCCCAACCGGAGAACAACCCGCCCUCUGAAGAAGAGAACGCUCAAGGUUCCUGAUGCAAUAAAGUCUCAGUACCAGCAUCCACCUCCACUGCUGGCCCCAGCGGGGAUUCGCAAUGGAGAGCUGGUCUGUAAUGGGAUCCCCGAGCCACCACAGAAGCACCUUCCCACGUCCCAGCACUUAGCCAGCGAGGCAGAGCAGCAGGAGUGGCUUCGUUGUGUUGUUGCACUUCAAUGCAGCAUUUUCAGACAUUUAUCUGCUAGGCAGAUGUCGUCGUCGUCGUAUUGGGACUCUGAAAAGGCUGACAUUAAGCCUUGCAUUUCAGGAGACAAAUCAACAGGCAGCUCUUUCCAUGCAGCUGACAGGACAGCCCCUCCCUGCCCGCAGCCUUGUAGCACACCAAUAAGCACCUCCGGGAUGCCGCCGGUCCUCAACUCCUCGGACUCCGCAGAGGGGCGUGGGUGCAGCUCCUGUCCCGAGAAGUCCUGCAGGUCCAAUGCUUGCGGGACGUCGAACGGACCUUUGGAACCGCAAGCGAAAGUGAACGGGCCUCAUUCGUGCGGCGCUGUGGCGGAGGGUUGCAGACAGACUGAUGCUCAUCAGAGACUCCCGGCCCCGCCCAGCCCCACGUGGCUCAGGCCGCAGACCCCCCCUUCCCUUCAGAACCACGUGGCCGGGCCGGUUGUAAAGACUGAGAAUGCGACUGGGCCCAGCGCUUGUGCACAGAGGGGACCCGUCGCUGCCGUAAGCGUGGCUGCCUCUCCUUCCAACUCCUGUGCCAACAUGGAAACGAUCUCCUCCUCCAGCACUAGCAGUGGCGUUAGUUUGCAACUGAGGUCCGUGACUCCACUCUCCACCGGGGGGCAGUCUACAGCACUAACGAGCAGGAGUAUGACAUCACCUGCGGCAGGUACCAGAGCACUCACUCCACCCAGAGUGACAGCAGCACCUCCUGACAGCGCCCUGGCAAAGAGACUGGGCUCACCAGCGCCACCUACAGAUGGUAAAGUAAGUGCAAGCACGCUGUCGAUGGGGAGCAGUUCAUCGUUAUCGGCGUUUUUCAGCUCCAGUUCCUCUGCCAUGACUGACCUCGCCAGCUCAAUGAAAGCUCUGAUAGAGGGAAACGGGGAGAUUGAGUUGAGCAAGCUGGAUGAGAAGUUUAUCAAGCUCCUGGCCUGGCAGCGGAUCCAGCAGCUGUUUCCUCCCAAAGCUCUUCCCCAGCAGCAGAGCUGUGUCAGCCCCCCUCACAGGGCUCCCUCUCCCACCCCAGCACCGCACACUGAAGCACAAAGAAAGGAGGUGCAAGCUCGGGCAGUAUUUUAUCCACUCAUGGGCAAAGGAGGAGCAGUAAAUAUGUGCUAUAGGACGCUGUACAUAGGAACCGGUGCUGACAUGGACGUAUGCCUUGCAGAUUAUGGUCACUGUAACUACGUGUCGGGCAAACACGCCUGUAUAUUUUAUGAUGAGAACACAAAGCAUUACGAGCUUCUCAACUACAGUGAGCACGGAACAACGGUGGACAAUGUCUUGUACUCCUGUGACUUCUCAGAGAAGAGCUCGCCCGCCCCUUCCAGUAGCAUUGUUUUCAAAGUGCAGAAUGUCAUACGGCGGUGCAGGAAGAGGAAACAGGAGGAGGAAUUGCAGCAGCAGAGGGAGGCGGCAGGAGCGGGGCUGGGGGCGGGAGAUGACGAGGGCGAGGGCGUGAUGAGCUGCCAGGCCCAGGGCCCUCACAGGACUCCCUGUAACUGCAAAGCCAGCAGCUCCAGCCUGAUCGGGGGCAGUGGAGCCGGCUGGGAGGGGACAGCGCUGCUGCACCACGGCAGCUACAUCAAACUGGGCUGCCUGCAGUUCAUCUUCAGCAUCACAGAGUUUGCUGGCAAGCAGCCGGUGCAGGAGGAGGCAGCAGCAGCAGCAGACUGGGACGAGAAGCAUUCGCUAAAACUACAUCAAGCGCCAGUGCUGAGGUCCAACUCUGUUCCUUAACUAAGAGAAAAACCAUCUGAUCCAAAUUGGAGAGGAAAAGGACUACACAAGACCAGUUUUUUAAACGUUUGCAUGGAAGUGAAGUACAUCCAAAUUCUUCUUUUAUUAUUAUUUUAUGAGCAAGUUGCACAUAUAGAAUUUAUACAAAAAUACUUUUUU